AUGCUAAGUAAAGUAGAAGGACUCUUCAUUUUCAUUGUCAUUACUGAAUCAAUACUGGGGACUUUAGUGAAUGGAUUUAUUAUACUAGUGAACUGCAUUGACUGUGUCAAGAAUAAGAAGUUUUCUGUAAUUGGCUUGAUUCUUAUUGGCUUAGCUACCUCAAGAAUUUUUCUGAUAUGGCUAAUAUUUGCUGAUGGAUUUUUAAAGAUGUUCUCUCUAGGUGUGUAUUUCUCUGGAAAUGUAAUUGAAUGUAUUAGUUACUCGUGGGUGAUUAUUAAUCAAUCAAGUAUCGGGUUUGCCACCAGCCUCAGCACCUUCUAUUUCCUGAAGAUAGCAAAUUUUUCCCACCACAUUUUUUUCUGGUUGAAGGCUAGAAUCAAUAGGAUUAUUCUCCUUCUAAUGGGAUUCUUGCUUAUUUCAUUGUUACUUACUUUCCCACAAAUUGUGAAGAUUGUUAAUAAGCAUAAAAUCGAUAGAAACAUAACGUGGACACUCAUCAUGGGUAUGAGUAAAAGUGAAUUCUUCUCUAACCAGAUUUUGCUCAAUCUGGGAGUCAUUUUCCUCUUUACACUAACUCUGGUUACAUGUUUCUUGUUAAUAAUUUCCCUUUGGAGACACAACAGGCAGAUGCAAUUGAAUGUCACAGGCUUCAGAGACCCUAGCACAGAAGCGCAUGUGAAAGCAAUGAAAAUUUUGAUAUCUUUUGUCAUCCUUUCUAUCUUGUAUUGUAUAGGCAUCGCCAUAGAAAUAUCAUGUGUUACACUGCCAGAAAACAAGUUGCUGUUUUCUUUUGGUAUGACAAUCACAGUCCUCUAUCCCUCAGGUCACUCGUUUAUCCUAAUUCUAGGAAACAGCAAGCUAACGCAAGCCUUUUCGAAGGUAGCACAGCAUUUAGAGUGCUGUGUGAGAGAGAAACUUCUCAGAACUCCAUAG